AUGGAUAUUAGAGAUAGAACAUCAGAAUUUCAACGAAGUGUGGUAACAUAUAAGAAGUUGAACAAAUCACGUAGCAAACAAGUCACCGAGGAAGUUCAUGUAAAACCAAAGCAAUCGGAGUUCCAAAGGAACGCCUCAUUAAUUGCACAUGAUAUAUCAGAAACAGCACAAUUGUUAUCUAAAUUAGCUAUUUUGGCAAAAAGGAAACCUAUGUUUAAUGAUAAUCCAGUAGAAAUUGCCGAGUUAUCGUUCUUAAUUAAAAGGAAAAUAUAUUCUGUUGAACAACAACUGAUUAAAUUGAAUCAACAGAUUCAUGGACCUGAUGCACAAUUGACAAAGAGUACUACUGGUCACUCAAGUAAUGUUAUGAAUCUUUUGAAUAGAAAGAUGAAAAAUAUCUCAGGGGAUUUCAAGAGUGUAUUGGAGGAAAGACAAAGACUUGAAUUGAAUAAUAGAGAUCGUUGGGAUAAAUUAAGUGAACAACAUCAACAACAAAUGAGUACAAAUGGUGGUACAGAUACAAUAAAUGGUAAUAAUAAUGAUCGUUCUAAUAUGAAUAUAGGAUAUAAUAAUUCGAAUCCAUUUAUGACAGCGAUGAUGGAAGAAGAUGAACAAACGCAAUCACAUCAAGGGAACACAGGCAAUGAUCAAUCAUUAAUCUUACCAGAUAGUGAUUCUCAAUUAUUAAUGAUGGAAGAAGGAUUAAGCAAUAAUCAAUAUUUACAAGAACGUAAUCGUGCUGUUGAGACUAUUGAAACUACUAUUCAAGAAGUUGGUAAUCUUUUCCAACAACUAGCAUCGAUGGUUCAAGAACAAGGUGAAGUGAUACAACGGAUUGAUGCAAAUGUAGAUGAUGUUGAUAUGAAUAUUAGUGGAGCGCAACGAGAAUUACUUAAAUAUUUUGAUAGAGUGAAGAGUAACAGAUGGUUAGCGGUAAAAAUAUUCUUUAUCAUCUUUGUAUUCUUCUUAUUAUGGGUACUUGUAAACUGA